GAGCAGGAGCUGAGCAUGGAGAGCAGCGAGGAGCUGGUGGCAGAGGCCGAGCUGGGGCUCCGUGAGCAGCUCCAGGGUGAGGAGAAGAAGCCCCACAAGUGCUCGGAGUGUGGGAAGAGCUUCACUAAGAGGUCCAAGCUCAUUGUCCACCAGAAGAUCCACAUGGAGCAACAGGUGGGAUCUGAGGGGGAAAAACCCACCCUGAAGCAGGAAGGUGGUCAGAACUUGGAGCUGGGGCUCCAUGAGCAGCUCCAGGGUGGGCAGGAGAAGCCCCACAAGUGCUCCGAGUGUGGGAAGAGCUUCAAGGUGAGUUCCCACCUGCUUGCCCACCAGAAGAUCCACAUGGAACAACAAGUGGGAUCUGAGGGGGAACGACCCAUCCUGGACCAGGCAGGGGGAGAGAAAUCAGAGCUGGGGCUCCAUGAGCAGCUCCAGGAUGAGAAGGAGAAGCCCCACAAGUGCUCGGAGUGUGGGAAGAGCUUCGUGUGGAAAUCGUCCCUGGUCAAGCACUGCAGAAUCCACACGGGGCCACAGGUGGGAUCUGAGGGGGACAAACCCACCCUGGACCAGAGCUCAGAGCUGGGGCUCCAUGAGCAGCUCCAGGGUGGGGAGAAGAAGCCCCACAAGUGCUCCGAGUGUGGGAAGAGCUUCAAGUGGAGAUCCAACCUGUUGGAGCACAGCAGGAUCCACACCGGGGAGAAGCCCUACAAGUGCGGGGAGUGUGGGGAGAGCUUCAGCUGGAGCUCGCAGCUGCUUCUGCACCAGAGGAGGACCCACACCGGGGAGAAACCCUACGAGUGCCAGCAGUGCGGGAAGAGCUUCAGCUGGAAGUCGCACCUGACCAGCCACCUGAGGACCCACACUGGGGAGAAGCCCUACGAGUGUGACCAGUGCCAGAAGAGGUUCCAGAGCAGCUCCUCGCUCGUCGUCCACCAGCGCUCGCACACGGGCGAGCGGCCGUUCCGGUGCCCCGAGUGCGGCGCGGGCUUCAAGGAGAACUCGGCCCUCGUCCGGCACCGCCGCACCCACACCGGGGAGAGGCCCUACGGGUGCGAGCAGUGCCAGAGCUCCUUCCCGACCCGCUCGCUGCUGGCGGAGCACCAGCGCAUCCACACCGGGGAGAAACCGUUCCGCUGCGACGACUGCGGGAAGGGCUUCCGGCAAAAGUCCAGCCUGGUCAAGCACCGGAGGAUCCACACCGGGGAGAGGCCGUACGUGUGCGGGCAGUGCGGCAAGAGCUUCACCACCAGGUCCUACCUGGUCACCCACCAGAUGAUCCACACCGGGGAGCGGCCCCACGAGUGCGGGGAGUGCGGCAAGGCCUUCAUGUCCAAGUCCCACCUGGUUUACCACCAGAGGAGCCACAGCGGGGAGAAACCCUACGAGUGUGAUUGCUCCGAGUGCGGGAAGAGCUUCAGGAGGAGAUCCAACUUGAAUGUCCACCUGAGGAGCCACACGGGGGAGAAGCCCUACGAGUGUGAUGAAUGCCAUCAGAGGUUUUACACCAACUCCAGUCUCGUCAGUCACCAGCGCACUCACACCGACGAGCGGCCAUUUUGCUGUCCUGAUUGUGGAAAGGGAUUCAGGCAAAGGUCGAGCCUCGCCAUCCACAAGCGAAUCCACACUGGGGAGAGGCCCUAUGAGUGUGGGGAGUGUGGGAGGAGCUUCAGGUGUCGGUCCAAACUGACUCUCCACCAGAGGAGCCACACGGGGGAACGACCCUACCAGUGUGACCAGUGCAAGAAGCGGUUUUUGAGGAGCAAUGAUCUCGUGGUGCACCAGCGCUCACACACAGAUGAGAGGCCCUUCCAGUGCCCUGACUGCGGGAAGGGCUUCAACCUCGUCUCCCACCUCAACAGGCACCGGCGCAUCCACACCGGGGAGAGGCCCUACGAGUGUGGUCAGUGCCAGAAGAGGUUCCUGAGCAGCUCCCAUCUCCUCAGCCACCAGCUCAUUCACACCGAGGAGAGGCCGUUCCACUGCCGUGAGUGUGGGAAGGGAUUCAGACACAAGUCCCACCUCAUCACCCACCGGCGCAUCCACACCGGGGAGAGACCCCACGAGUGUCCCCAGUGUGGGAAGGGCUUCCGAAAGAGCUCCCACCUGACUGCCCACCUGGGGACCCACACUGGGGAGAGGCCCUAUGAGUGUGGGGAAUGUGGGAAGAGCUACAUGUCCAAGUCCCACCUGAUUUACCACCAGAGGAGCCACACGGGGGAACGACCCUACCAGUGUGAUCAGUGCCAGAAGAGGUUUCGGAGCAGCGGUGAUCUCGUGGGGCACCAGCGCUCACACACAGACGAGAGGCCCUUCCAGUGCCCCGACUGCGGGAAGCGCUUCAACCGCGUCUCCCACCUCAAUGAGCACAGCCGCAGCCACACCGGGGAGAGGCCCUACGAGUGUGUUCAGUGCCAGAAGAGGUUCCUGAGCAGCUCCCAUCUCCUCAGCCACCAGCUCAUUCACACCGAGGAGAAGCCGUUCCACUGCCGUGAGUGUGGGAAGGGAUUCACGUGCAACUCUGCCCUCAUCGUCCACCGGCGCAUCCACACCGGGGAGAGACCCCACGAGUGUCCCCAGUGUGGGAAGAGCUUCAGACACAACUCAACUCUGGUCACACACAGGAGGAUCCACACCGGGGAGAGACCCUACAAGUGUUCCCAGUGUGGGAAGAGCUUCUCUAAAAGCUCUGCCUUGAGCAGACACCAGAGAAUCCACACGGGGGAGCGACCCUACGAGUGUGAUGUGUGCAAGAAGAGGUUCUUGCGCAGCUCCCAUCUGCUCCGUCACCAGCGCAUUCACACCGAGGAGCGGCCGUUCAGCUGUCCUGAUUGUGGGAAGGGAUUCAGGGAAAAUUCCACUCUCACCAUCCACCGGCGCAUUCACAGUGGGGAGAGACCAUAUGAGUGUGAUCAGUGCAAGAAGAGGUUUAAGCGCAGAGGCGAUCUCCACAAGCACCGGCGCAUCCACACCGGGGAGAGGCCCUACGAGUGUGGUCAGUGCCAGAUGAGGUUCCUGAGCAGCCCAGAUCUCCUGCGCCACCAGCUCAUCCACACGGGGGAGAGGCCGUUCCACUGCCGUGAGUGCGGGAAGGGAUUCAGACACAACUCUGCCCUCAUCGUCCACCGGCGCAUCCACACCAGGGAGAGACCCCACGAGUGUCCCCAGUGUGGGAAAAGCUUCAGGCAGAGCUCCAACCUGAUUGUCCACCUGAGGAGCCACACUGGGGAACGACUCUACGAGUGUGAUCAGUGCCAGAUGAGGUUCCCGACCAGCUCGCAUCUCCUCAGUCACCAGCUCAUCCACACCGGGGAGAAGCCGUUCCACUGCCGUGACUGCGGGAAGGGAUUCAGACACAACUCCACCCUCAUCAUCCACCGGCGCAUCCACACUGGGGAGAGACCCCACGAGUGUCCCCAGUGUGGGAAAAGCUUCAGGCAGAGCUCCAACCUGAUUGUCCACCUGCGGAGCCACACUGGGGAACGACUCUACGAGUGUGGUCAGUGCCAGAAGAGGUUCCUGAAGAGCUCUGAUCUCCUCAGUCACCAGCUCAUUCACACGGGGGAGAGGCCGUUCCACUGCCGUGACUGCGGGAAGGGAUUCAGACACAAGUCCCACCUCAUCACCCACCAGCGCAUCCACACAGGGGAGAGGCCCUAUGAGUGUCCCCAGUGUGGGAAAAGCUUCAGGCAGAGCUCCAACCUGACUGCCCACCUGAGGAGCCACACCAGGGAGAGGCCCUAUGAGUGUGAUCAGUGCAAGAAGAGGUUUCGGGCCACGUCUGAUCUCCUCCUGCACCAGCGCAUCCACACGGAUGAGAAGCCCUUCCGCUGUCCUGAUUGUGGGGUGGGAUUCAAGCGGAACCGUGCCCUCAUCACCCACCGGCGCAUCCACACUGGAGAGAGACCCUACCAGUGUCCCCAGUGUGGGAAGGGCUUCACCACAAGCGGCAGCAUGACCAGACACCAGAAGAGCCAGCACUGA